GCGAGUACGUUCUCGUCUACAGGUAAUUUGAAUCCAUUUUACUGUACGUAUUUUGGCUGGUGAUAAUUAGUGUUCCAUCAAUGGUCUGGUUUUAGAGACUAUAUAUAUCACGAUUAUGGAAAGAGUAUCUCACAUUCUCAAAAUAUGGAAGGAACUUCUCGAACACUUCCUUACACCAUAAGAUUCGUUGGUCUUCUUGGCAGUCACUCUCUUGGUAGAAAUCCAAAGUUUAUGGCUAUUGCAGUAGAUUUAGGAAGAGAAUUGAUCAGGCGAAGAAUUAGUCUUGCUUAUGGAGGAGGCAACGUUGGCCUACAAGGAGCUGUUGCUUCAACAGUCUUUACCAAUGGUGGCCUCGUUAGAGGUUUCAUUCCUGGGUACAUAGCAACACGACGGGUCUACGGACCUACAUAUGGCGUAGAGCACACAGUUUCCAGCAAUUACUACAAAUAUUUUGAGAUGAAUCAUGCUGUGGAAGCUUUCAUCGUUCUUCCCGGAGGAGUUGACACUAUGGAAGGUUUGUUCACCUUGAUCUCGUGGGCUUCUGAAGGGUUACACAAUAGACCCAUUGGUCUCUUGAACAUUGACGGUUAUUUCAAUAACCUAAUCAAAUUUCUAGACGAUGCAGUGAGGCAGAACUUAAUGUCUUUGAGUGAGAGGAAACUUUUCAUUUCUUCUUUCUUUGUUGGUGAGCUUUUAGACAAAUUAGAGUUUGCUAAAGCUUUCCCGGGACCUGGGGUUAGUUACGAUGAGUUUGUGAAUCCUGGAAGACUAGACAUGGAAUUGCAUUUAUAACUUUCUUCACGUAAUCCAUGUUGUAUUUUGUGUUUAAAUAAUAUUAUCCAUAAACAUCAAUGGUUAGUCAUAUGCGAGCUACAUUUUCUUCGUUCUUCAAUCUUUCACUGUUGGCGUCACUUAUUCACGUCAAACGAGUCAAUCGAUUUGUCUAGUCAGCAUCACUAUGUUUCACUUAGUCAAUUCAGAUUACAUCGACCUUUUUUGACGAUAAACAACUAAAUCAGUAGUCGCUUU